GCCGAAUCCACACGGUGAGUGGCUCCUAAAUUAAAACGCUCUCCUUCUCUGCCUUGAUUAAGUCACUACUUUUACUUCUUUAUUAAUCGCAGCAGCAAUGGAGAGCAGCAGCAAAGUGACGGUGCAGGUGUUUUUCCUGUUGCUGGUGGUGCAGGUGACCCUCACCCAGCACUGGUCGUACGGCUGGCUGCCGGGGGGGAAGAGAAGUGUGGGAGAGCUGGAAGCCACCAUCAGGAUGAUGGGGACGGGUGGUGAGGUACCUCUUAUGGAAGAUCCCCGAGAUCCUGCCCUGGAGAGACUGAGACCAUACAGUCUGGUCAACGACGAGGCCGUUCGCUUCCAGAAGAAGAAAAGGUUGCUACACGACUGACAGAAAAAAAUUCUGAAAAGAGCGGGAAAUAGAGCGGUGCCUUGGUGAACACCCACAAUUGGUCGAUUGUUCCAGAAUACAGUUUUUUCUUUAUAUUUUAAUGUUUACUUUAACGUCAUCACUGUACGUCUACAUAGCUAUUGUGGAUCUGUGUAGAUCUAUCCCACAUGUAAAAUUGUAAAGACCUUAAUAAAAUGUUUAAAAGAC